CUCCUCCCUUAACCUGCAGGCAGCGACUGGAGACUGGAGGAGCUCCUGCCUUUGGCCGGGAGAAGAGGAAAAACCGCCCUCACAGAUCCGUUUGCUCUUCUUGGGGGUGCUGCUGGCUUGCUCUUCCCACCCUCUGAAAGACACCGAUUCUCUUUCACGCUCUCUGUCUCCUUGCCUCUUCGUUCCCGGAAGUCGGUGCAGGAAAUCUCGCCUCACCGCCAAGAAAAGCGAGCUAACAAGACCCAAGGGCUGGUCGGCGGAAAACAUCAAGCCAGUGAGAAUUGACCGUCAGUCCCCGAUGAAAAAUUUCUACAAGAACCGAUUCAAGAGGUUGGUGAGCAACGACGAAGACAAAGACGACCCCUCAUUCUGGUCGAAGACCCUUCGCCCGCACCCGCUUGGCGAGUUCUCUAUCGCCGUCCUGCAGGCGAGCGAGACCAUGGAGGACCAUGCUCAGGUCGAGACCAGCAGGCACGGUACUUUCAUUGGCGUCUACGACGGUCACGUUGGCGAUGACGCCUCCCGAUUCGUCGUUGAACAUUUGUUUCCUACCUUUGUGAAAUUUGUCAAGGAGGGAAUGAGCGUGGGAGACGCCAUUAGAGAGUCCUUUAGUUCAACGGACGAGGAGUUUCUGGAGAUGGUGGGGAGAACGAGGGAAGCGAAGCCUCUUAUGGCAGCAACCGGUUCCUGCUGCCUGGUGGGAAUCGUUUUGGCCUGCGGCACCGUCUACGUUGCCAACGCAGGAAACUCGAGGGCGGUGCUCGGGGGCUUCCUUGAUUCGCAUAUCCCGAAGGACUUCGUUGUCGAGCAACUGAGCGAGGAUCACUUGGCCAGCACUAGCGACAGCGUGAAGCAGAGCCCCGUCUCCCCUGCACAGCUGGGAGAUCCCAAUAUCGUCGAGCUGAACACCGGCGCCAGGGGCUUCGUUCAGGGAACCAGGGCCAUUGGUGACGCAUAUCUGAAGAAGCAGGAAUUUUCUCUUCCACCCGAAUAUCCACGUUUCCGACGUCCGGAGCCACUGACGAGACCUUUAUCAACCGCAGAGCCUUCAAUACGAGCGCACUCCCUUCAACCCAACGACAGGUUCUUGAUAUUUGCAUCCAGUGGCCUGUGGGAACAUCUCAGCAAUCAAGAAGCUGCUGAAAUUGUUCUUCGCAACCCUCGUGAGGGAAUCGCAAGAAGGUUGAUCAGAGCGGCUAUUAAAGUGGCAGAAAAAAAAAGUGGUGUGAGAUACGCUAUCAUGAAGCUGCUCGGCGAGGGGGGGCGACUUGCAUGCCAUAACGACAUCACUGUUGUGGUUGUUUACACAGACCAUGAGAUGAUUGGCAGAGCUUCUGUUGAUACCUCCAUCACUGGGGCGUCCAUUAGAGGGUUCAUCGACGCUGAGACGGCAUCAGACUUCUCAUUGCUGGAUGAAGUUGAACUGAUGAAGUGAAGGAUGACGGUGGCUUCCAUAUAU